AUAUUUUAUACUUGCACAGUGGGAAGUAAACAACGUAAGUGAGCUGACUUAAAUCUAAUUUAAACAAAAAAAACAAAACUUUUGGUGUAUAACACGCUUUAUUAAUUAAAAUCUCUGUUUGGAAACAGGGCAAAACAUAAUGUGUUACAUUUAUUACAAGUAAAUAUGUCCUUGCAUUGGAAAUUAUAAGCAAGCUCUCUCCUCUCAGAAAUCCUUCAAUUUCAAGCUGAAUGAAGCCAUCAUUCUUCUUAUUCUUAGUGUCUUAGUGGUAUAUUUCAUCUGGUUAUGUACCACUUCAGCGUCAGUUAUUAAUAAAUCGCGCUGUUCCGGUUAGAAGUGCUAUUUAAAGGGUUAUUCUUUUAUGGAUGUCCGUUAAUAGUACUGGUGGAGAGGGCGACUGGGUUUUCAGUGACACAGAAUUGAAAGAGAGAGAGAGUGGGUGCUGUUUUCUCGUUGAAGUGCAAGACCAAUGUGUGAUCACGUUACAGGAGUGCAUCAAGAGAUAUAUCUCAUACAGGAUCACAUAUUGUAUUGGAUGGAUGGGGGGAUUAUGCUAACAGAAACCAGAUAUACACAUAAUCUACGAACACUUCAUUGUGUAGAUUCUUUGGUCAAAAAUUUAAACAUUUUGUAAAAAUAAACCAAUGGCAUAGUUGAAUAGAGCUAAUUUUUUUUACAGAAUUAUAACACCAAAAUCAUAUUUUUAGCUGUUGUAGUUUUAAAGUUAUGAAUUUUUAAAGUACGACUUGGUUUGUCCUUUUUUAACAUGGACUGCAUCUCCACAUUCUGUGACCUCAUUCCGCCGAUUGCGUCAUGCGCAAUGACUAUAUAGUUUAUAUAAGGCAACGCAUUCCCUUAUCACUAAAAUACUGUUUAGGGUCGACUUAUUUUAAACUUUCAACUUUGGCACAUGAAUAAUUAAAUAAAGCUUUCAAUGGUUUAAUAGUUUUUGCACACGGCAAACUCUUAUGAAUGAAACUCUGAGAUAGUACUACGAUAUGGCAGUUAUGCAAGUGGCUGUGAAUGGUUGCCAAUGACAACGUGUUGCACAGGGAAAAUUCUGAUCAUAUAUAAUAUGGACUCUAUAGGGAUUUUAAAGCUCAAAUUAAAACAUUCCUGUUUAAAUGUCUUCAAAAUGCAUUCUAGUGGUAAUAAUUAAAUAUUUUCUAAGUAUCUGCAACUUCCGCCAUUAAAAAGAUGGCGUGGCCCACGCCAUGUCGAAAUAAGGCUGAGCCACCUUAUGGUGAUAUGGGUCACUGGGAGAAGCGUAACGAACAUGGGACACGACCUACAUCAAUGAAACUUGGCACAGAUAUAGAUCAAUAUCUAAUGCUUAUACAGAUUUAAUAAAAAAGGGCCUUAUCUUAUUAUUUCACAAAAAAUUUUGUAUGUGAAGAUGCCUUAUAUUUAUAUAUACCAAAGAUUUUCAAAAUAAAGGUCGAUUGAAAAAAGCAAAAUAGCUAGCUAGAAAUGUAGGCCAAGAUGUCUUCCAAAUUAUAAGGCCAGAAACGGAACUCAAAUAUAUGUCGAAAGAACUAAUUUAAUAAUAAAUAGUCACACACAUCGGAAAAUUAAAAACUCUGAUUUUUCGGCGCCGACGCCCAUUUUCGAUACACGAAAAGUAGUAGUCUCCCUUGUUUCAUCGAAGUAUCUACAUUGUGGUCCAUCAACAAAAUUUUGUUGAUCCAAAUGAUACUCUUUUCCACCCAGAAUGUUAAAAGUAUCUGGAUGCACAAAAAAGUGCCAACAAAAAAGACAGUUUGGCACAAGCCACGAUCUGUUCCCUUCAUAUUUUCAGGAGUUCAUAUUUCACAAUUGUUUUUGUUUAUUGAUAUAAACUAAAACUCGGUUUUAUUUUCAUACAUUAAAUUGUUUAAGUUUUCUUUUUCUAAAUUAUUAAAUUGUUGAAAUUUUUCUAUUUUAAAUAAUUAGUCUUUUAUAUAUGUGCUGAAAUGAAUAUGUACAAUGUCAUAAAAAAAAUUUCCAUUUAUUUGAAUCAGUAAAAGAUUUUUAUCUUAUCAAUAAAAGAAUAACCAUUUAAAUAGCACUUCAAACCAGAACAACACUAUUUUUUAAUAGCCAACACUCAAGUGGUAAAUUACCCUUCAGCUGAUGAACAGCCUUUUCUAAUUUUGUACCAUAGUUGCACUCCGAAAUGUACCAUGAUAUUCCUACAAUAUUUAUUUUUUCUCUUAGUUUAUUGUCAUUGACGUAAUUUUGUACUGCUUCAGUGUUUUCAGUUUUAGUCUUGAGUGGUAAAUGUAUAGUUAGUAAUAUGGGUUUUACCAAGAGCUGUCUCACCCUAAACACAGUGACAUCACUUUGGGGAAUCCCAACACUAGACUUAGGGUGACAGGAUCAACCUGAACAAUGUGUAUGAUAAAUUUCUCAUUCUUCACCGAGCAUCAUUCAUGUCAUAAACAUAAUCUGGCUAUCGUUAUCGAUGGUAUGAAAUAAAUUAAAAUGAAAUUUUUCAUUCAUUUUUAUUAAAAUUCAACUUAAAAGGUUCAAAAGACACAAACGAGAAACUCAUCCUUGCUGAUAUGACACAACCAUGGUUAAAAGAGCUGUCUUUUCUCCCCUCCACAAACCCAAACCCUACUUUCAAGACAAAAUCAAAAAUAAAAAUGAGUAAUAAAAAAAAAUUUAAAAUAAAUACAGAGCUAAAAAUCAAAAUCCUCUGAAUACAAAACUAUGGCCGGUAGUUGACCUGGGGAACCUCUAUGACCUUUAUACCUCGUAAGACAUCACCUGCCCUGUAGCGAACUGCAUUUUAGCUCCUUGUGUUAACCCCUUGAAGUUUGACAAAGACUUUAUGAAUAUCUACUAAAACUCAACUCAUGAUUCAUUCAUUGUCCUACUCAUGUCCAUCACACAUUAACUUACUGAUUGAACCCAUUAAUAAAAGUAUCAGCAUGAAAUAAACUUCUGAAUAAUUCUAGGUCUCUAUGCCUUAUUAUUCCGAUUUAUUAUAUUCUGUUGUAAUCUAAAUGAUUACAAUUACAGCCGAAUGCUACUCAUAGGCUUUCACAAAAAUGCUAUGACUUUAGUUAGAUUACAUAAAUUGACUACUUCUUUGAUGCUGUUUUGAUAAACAAGAGACAAAACAAAAACCCAGACCAAAGCAUAGCUUCAAUUGUUAGUGAUAUCUACUAGCAUGUAAAGAUAUCUCUUUUCCAACAGUAAAUUCAGUUUUUGUAUGAAUAACUACUUAAUUUUAUUGAAAUGAAAAAAAAAAUAUAUUUUUAGUUUAUUAAGAAUGUUGUAUUUAUUUUAUGAUAAAUAAAGAAACAUAAUGGACACUAUUUUAAAAUUUAGAUUAGAAAGGAGAUAAACCUAUGCCAUACAAUGUCUUACUCUGGCUUUGGAAGAGGCAGUUUUGCUCCUGUAUCUGGUUAUGCUGCCAUGCAAGGGGCUAGCAGUAGCAAAACAUUUGUUCCUGGUAGAACACUUAACUACCAUGUUGGUAAUGUUGGUAAACGUAGAGCUAUGACAGAGGAAGAGUAAGUUAUUUUAACAUAUUCUUAAAAUAAAUUAAAGUUUUCAAAGUCUUUUUCAUUCUCAAACUUACGGAAUUAAUGGAUUUAUUUCCUAAAUCCAGUAUUAUUUUAUUUCAUUAUAAUUAUAGUUUUUAAAAUGUCUGCAUUUUAAAUGAAAUUUAGGGUAAUUAAACUACAGCUUUUUAAACUAAUAUUUAGCCCUGUUAUGCUUGCUACUUAUUUUUGUUUUUCAUGCAUAGUUGUGGAGUGGUAAUAUUUUCUAUUUCUUUUUCUGUCAAUCAGGUAUUUUAAUGAUGAUGAGGAAGAGGAGCAACCAGGGGUUAAAGAAGCUUAUCAGAAAGCACCUGACAGUCCCGGUGGUGCCAGUGAUGAUAGUGAUGAUCCUUUAGAUGCAUUCAUGGCAGGAAUAGAAGUAACAGUUUUAAAUAAAAUAUAGCACUAGCAGGUCACUUAUAAUACAAUUACAAAAUUGCAUGUACUUAGCAGUUAUAGUUAUAUAUUCAUUACUUUACAAAUUAGAGAUUUUAUGUACAAUAGAUUUAAAAAUAUAAAACAGUUUACAUCAUACAUUAAAAUAUUAUUAAAAAUGAAAAUUAGGCCUAUCAUUUCGUUAAAGAAAAAAUAAAUUCCCAAGCGCCAAGGAUUAUUAUGCAAGUUUGAUACAAAACUGUAUGUUCAAUUUUUAACAACAGAAAGAGAUCGUUCAAGAUACCAAAGAACGUAUUUCAACAGUAGAAGAAAAGUUAAAAGAAAAGUGAGUUAAAAAAUUACAAUUGUAAACAAGUAAGGCAAAGCAUUAUUUAUCAUUAUUUUAUGUUUGUUUUCUGUGGGUUUGAGCCAAAUUUUGUAUUUUAUAUUAUGUAAUAUCAUAAAUCAUAGAUUAAAGUAUUCAAUAUAUAUGUAUGUCUUAAAGCCAAAAUGUCAAUUAUUCUGUUUUCUCAUAUAAAUUCACUCUAAUUGCUUUCAUUUUUGGUUUAUUUCUUCCAAUAACUUAAUUAAAAAAAUAUAAUUCAUUUAAAAAAAAGAAUAUUCAGGAAAAUAAUAUAGCUCCAUUCUUUGUAGUUCUAUCAGUUACACAUAAAAAUUUCUUUGUGCUAAACUUUGUUUAAUAUAUACAAUCAUUUAUAUUUAUGUUAUUUGUGUAUUUACUUGACUAAAGAACUCUAAGCCAUAGACAGAUUUUGUUAUAAAUUAUUUAUAAAAAAAAUAUGCAUUGCAACUUUGACAAAAAUCAGUUGAACAUUCACUGAUGUGAUAAUUAUUCUUGUCAUGUUGAUUGAAGGGGGACUAGAGAUGACAUAGAUAAUGAAGAUGUACAGGAAUCCUAUUUCCGAUACAUGGAGGAAAAUCCAAAUGCAGGUGUGAUCAAUGAAGAAGAAGACAUAAUUGAUUAUGACAGUGAUGGUAAUCCAAUCAUGGAAAGAAAAAAGGUAGAUCACUGUAGUCUUCAUUUUUUUUAAUGGUAAAUAUUUUUUUGUGUGGAAAUGUUCUUUUCAUCUGUACAUUAAUAAUGCAUUGUUUCAUAGGGAUAAAGGAGAGAUGUACUAAAUAUUUUAAUUAUUUUCAGGUAGUAUAAUGCAUUCAAGGUACUGUUCAUAUAAAUUAGACUACUAUGUUGCAAUAGAAAACAAAACAUAAAUUUUGAAUGCAAAGUUAAACAAUUUUUCAGUACUUUAAAUUUUCUUAGCUCAUCAAGGACAUGAGUAUUUUUUUAUUUUUUUUUUACCUAUCUGUCAAUUUAAAAAUAUGCAUAACUACCUCUCAUUUUUAUAUUUAUCAGGUUAUUGAUCCACUUCCAGCUAUGGACCAUUCAGAAAUUGAAUAUGAACCUUUUGAGCGCAAUUUUUACAUCCCACAUAAAGAAAUUGAAACAUUAACAGAGUCACAAGUGGAUGAACUAAGAAGAAAACUUGGUAUUAAAGUAUGUUGAUCCAAUUUUUAUUUUGGUAAGGUUUUUUUAAAUUAAUUAAAAGGGACGUUCCUGGUAUUCUAUGAAAUUAUUUCAGAAAAAAACAAUAACAAGAUGAAUUCAUUCCCCUGUUGUUUUUUUUUUAGGUAUCAGGGUUGUCUCCACCUCGUCCUGUCAGUAGUUUUGGACAUUUUGGAUUUGAUGAAGCUCUGCUGGGGGCUAUAAGAAAGUCUGAGUACACCCAACCCACUCCUAUCCAAGCUCAGGUAAUUCUUUCUUCUUUAUAUCAGCAUAUCUAGUGUGCAUUUACUCUCUUAGUUAUGAACUGUUGUUCAUUGGAUCAUUGUUUAAUUUCAUUAAAAUAAACAAGUAAAAUACUUGAUGUCUCACUCAGGGUAUUCCAGUAGCCUUAAGUGGCAGAGACAUGAUUGGUAUAGCCAAAACUGGCAGCGGCAAAACAGCAGCUUUUUUGUGGCCUCUUUUGGUUCACAUCAUGGAUCAGGUUGGUAAAAAAUUUUUUAAAAUUCAGAAAGAAAUAGUGAAAACACUCACCAACUAAUACAGUUUUGUCGAUGGGUAGAUUGCAUUGUGAAGAUUCAGUAUCAUGCUCUUUGCCUACGUAGUCGGAAUUUAUUUAAUUGAAUUGUAGCACACGAUGAGACUGGGUUGAAUGCCUGAUAAAUGCAGCAUAUUACACAAUCUCCUUUAAUUUAAUAACUUUUAAAAAUUUAAUUCUUAAAAGUUAAAGAUAUGAAAUUUAUCACUUCCCCAACCCAUUCCUACCUUACCUAUUUUUGAUGUAAACCCUUUCGUAAGGCUUAACAAAAGGAAUUAAACGCAAUAUUAUAGUAUUUUUAAAGAUAAUAGAUAAACUAUUAACAAAGAAAAGUCUUGAGCAUGUUAUAAAUUAAAAUUAAAUAUUCACAAUGGGGCAUCACCAGUAAGUCCUAGAUACGGUUUUUCUAAAUGAGACGCAUAGCAUAAUCCCCUUGAUUAUUGUGCCGAACCGCAUGUUAUAGUCAAUAAAAUAGAUUUAAGAUGUUUGCCAUAUGACAUAUUUGGCAUAAGUAUGUAAAAUGAGAUUAUUUUUUAAAAGCCCUUUACUUAAAUAAAAUAUCUGAACAUUAGUCUAUUAUUUUUUUAAUGCAAUCACAACAGUCAGACUCUUGGUUUGGCUUGAUCCGUCUGCUACUGCAGUUGGUUGGCCUAGUGCCUUAGCAAAAGACUCUGCCAAACAGAGCCAUAUUUUAAAAAUGCAAUAAUUAGCAUGUUUUAAAUGACAUGUUUUCUUUUUUGUUCUAGAAAGAGCUGCAGAAAGGUGAGGGUCCUAUUGGUCUGAUUUUGGCACCAACAAGAGAGUUGUCUCAACAGGUACUUAUUUAUUUUUUGAAGGCCUCUCAAACAUUUUUAUAGGUACCGGUAUAGCUCUUAUAUCAUGUAAACUUUACUGUUAUUAUUAUAUAUAUUAUCUAUUGUCAUAUAAAUUGUAUAUUGUGAAAUCUAAUGUGAUUUAUAAUUUACUUGCAUAUGUAACUUACUAUUGUUAGCACUAGUAUCAUGUAUAGCCACUAACACAUUCUCUUAUAUAUAUUUUGCUUGUGGUGUGACUGCUUCCAUUUCCAGAUAGCAGGCACAAUAUAAUUCCAGAUAAUUAAGCUAAAUGAUAUUUUUUGUAGAUAACACAACUGCGUUUGGUGCGUAAUAUUUUCCUUUCGGAAAAUGAAAAUGUCUUAAUUUAAAUAUGGUGCAAUAAAUAUUCAGUUUAAAAGGGUUUGGGACAUCAGACUAUUUAAUAUAGUUCAUGGGCGUGAAAUAAUAAGUGUGCAGUGACGUAUCAUGGGGGAAGCUGUGUAGCGAAAAUAGGGAUUCUUAAAUGUACAUUACUUGAGUUCAUGUUUUGUUGAGUAACUUUAGGAGAUGGGAAGUUCACACAUUGCUGUUGGCCAUGUUUAGCAAGCUGUAACUAGUAAUAAUAUUUUGUUUUUUUAACUUAGAUCUACCACGAAGCUAAGAAAUUCGGUAAAGUUUACAAUAUAAACGUGGUCUGUGCUUAUGGUGGAGGCAGCAUGUGGGAGCAGUCAAAAGCUUGCCAAGAAGGAGCAGAAAUUAUUGUGGCAACACCAGUAAGUACUAGAUAUGGUUUUUCUAAAUAAGAAACAUAGCUUUUAUUAGGUAAAUUUUGAUGGGUGUUUAGGACUGUUUAUUGUGUUUUUCCUUGAAUUAACACAAAUUUCAAGUUUGAUCAGAUAGUUAAAAUAUCAAUGAGUGAAUUUUCGUUUGUUAUAAUUUUUGUCCUUAUGGAUUACUGGCUUUUUUUUUUUUUUGCUGUUAAGUAUCAGUCAUUAUGUGAUUAUUGAAUUAUAUUUUGUUGCUAAGUGUCAUUCAUUAUGUGAUAACUGAAUUAUCUUUUUUGCUGAUGUGGACAAUAAGAUUUUUCUAAGCGCAAAUCCAUAUCACCUAAAAUAUCAUAAUCUGUUUAUUUUACAGGGCAGACUCAUUGAUUUGGUGAAAAAGAAAGUCACCAACCUACAGCGAGUUACAUAUCUGGUCUAUGAUGAGGCAGAUCGAAUGUUUGAUAUGGGCUUUGGUAGGUUGCUAUUGCUCUUUACAACUGCUGGGAACAUAUUUGUAUGGUAGCCUGGCUUUUGGGCGUGCGGUAGUCAAGUUUGACAGUUUACCAUAGACAGCUUGAUAAUCUUGAUACGUUUAAACUGCAGCAAGUAUCUGUUUACACUUUCUAAAAUGGGAUCAUGCAGGAACAGCGUUUUAUUUUUAUUUACAAUAAUUAAUAUAUGGAUUUCUGAUUUUGUAGUUAUCUCAACUUCUAAAACAAAAAAAAAGUCUUAUAAAAUGACUACACUUUCAAAAUUGCUAAAAAUUACUUGCAAUUUAAUUUACUUUGCAAUUAGGACAUAUUUAUUUCUCAAGUCACUAAUUUUAUUUUCAGAACCUCAGGUGAGAUCCAUUGCAGACCAUGUGAGGCCAGACAGACAGAGUAAGUUAAAAAAAACAACAAAAAAACGAUAGUCAAGAUCUAAAUCCAUCAUUUCUAUAAAUUUAUUUGUUACCUUCAUUUUUUAAGAUUAUUUUGUGAAUGUUGCAUGAUAAGUAAAUUAUCAAAUUUUACUUAACACAUUCCAUUCUGUCUUACGUAAUAGCUCUUUUGUUCAGUGCAACCUUCAGAAAGCGUGUUGAAAAGUUGGCACGUGAUAUCCUAGCUGAUCCUAUCAGAGUUGUGCAAGGGGAGGUGGGUGAGGUAAGUCAGGAUUUUGCAAAAGGCGAAAUAUAAGUGAUAUAGUUUACACUUUUGAAUGUUGUGCAAAGGAAGGUAAGUUAAUCAUGUACUGCCGAACACUUAUAAAUUAAUUCAAUUUUAUAAUCCAGAUUAAAAUUACAGCUAUUUAAAGAAUAAUCUUUUAAUUAUAAUAUCUGCAGUUGAAUAUGGGUGCACAUUUUCAAGCGCCAGGCAUCAGCAUAGUCAUCGUGAUGCUGCCAGAAGUAUUAUCAAUCGAUGAUAGAGCAUUGAUGUUUAAAGUCUGUUUCAGAUGUAUCUUCAACAAUAUGAUCAUUACUGCUACUUUCUACAUUAAUUUCGAUAAAUUCUAUAUCAAUAGGUUCAAUUUUUUCAUCCUCUAAAUUUGGUAUUCAAGUACAGUAAACUUUGCAUGUCCUUGAACAUUAGCCUAGAAAGCCAUGCAGAACUUUGAACUCUCAUAACAUUUUAACAAAAGAAUAUAAAAAACAUACAGAAUUCAUUAAAAAAAAAGAGAGAGUAAUUCUCAGCAGUAAAUUCUAGCUGAGGAAUGAAUGGUAAUUUAGUUUACUUGUGCCCCAUACAAGCAUCAUAUGAGACAAUCUGCCAGGCAUGUUGCCAUCUGGUGUAAUGGGCUGGGGCACAUGGGUAUUUGUGACUGCUAACUGCAGUAUGGGGUUGUGCAAGAGGCGAUGAGUUCUUUUUAAAAAAAAAUAUUUUUAAAGAUGUAUUUUGUAAAUAUUUUGGGUAAAUUAAUUACUUGCCUCAUAAUCUUCAUGAUAAUUUUUAUUGAUUUCAUUGACUACAUAUUUUUCAUUUGGUCUUCUAUACAAGCCUUUAAAUAAAUGGUCUGAUUAAGUUGCAAUAAUAUAAACCAUUCAUUCCUAGGCUAAUGAAGAUGUGACACAGAUGGUGGAAGUUCUUCCUGUUGGACCAGCCAAAUGGACAUGGUUAAUGAGGAGAUUAGUGUCAUUUACUUCAGGUUGGUGCUACACUGAAUUGAAUCUAUAUAAAAUGUUUGAGUUCAGUUGUGGCAGACACACUGUAUUUUAAAUGUGCACAAAUGACUGGACACACCUGAAUUUAAAUAUGAGUGAAAGAAAAGGCUAUGGUAAAAUAUGAAGGUAUAGGAUGAGAAAUAGGUAUGAUUGAUUAGAUCUAGAACUUUUAUUGUAUGUGGUGGAACAUAAGUGGGCUUAUUUCUGUGUCUAAUGACAAUAUAUGAACCAGCUUUUAACUAAGUUAAUUCUAUUUUUACUUAUGCUACUCAAUGAGAUUUCAUUGCUACAUUUACUGAUAUUAUUGUGUUAAUUGCAAAAAAGCGGGGAUCUUAGGCAGCUUUAAUGGAAAGAACUGUUGAAGAAAUGCAGAAAAAUUUAAAUAAUAAAUUAAAAAUAAUUUGAUUUGCAGAAGGAAGCGUCCUCAUUUUUGUUACUCGGAAAUCAAACUCGGAAGAAUUGGCUGCAAAUCUGAAGGCCAAAGAUUUUGACUGUAAGUGCUUUUCUUAAAAAAUUGCUAUUUACUGUCAUCAUUCUUCACAAAUAAACAGUUUAUCAUUGUGCAAAUGAUAUUUCAAAUCUGUUCAGUUUAAGCUGUCUUUUAAUUUUUUUGUAAAAUAUACUUUUUUUUUAAUGUUGUUAAUUCUUGAUUUUAUUUGAUGUUAUGAAACAGUGGGACUGUUGCAUGGUGAUAUCAGCCAAUCUGAAAGAAAUGAGAUUAUUAGUGCUUUUAAGAAAAAGGAUUUCUCCAUUCUUGUUGCUACAGAUGUUGCUGGUCUGUAAAAUGUCAUGAUUUGUCAAAUUUUUUUUUACAAAUUUGUCGGUUCUGUUAUACUCCUUUUUAAAACUGAUUAAAAUUAAAUCUUAGAUUAAAUUAGAAGUUUUGUGGUAAAAGAAAUUAACAGAAUAUUUAAAAAUCCAGGCAGAAUUUUUUUUUUUUAAAAAUAAGCUAAUUUCAAUAUUUUACUAGGAAUUCAUUUUAUUAAUUUCUUAGAAAUAUGUUUGCUGGUAUUUCCUGUUUCAAGCAAUAUUCAAAGCAGUUUUAAAUUUGAAUUGAUAAAAAAUUUCAGCUCGUGGGUUGGAUAUUCCUCAUAUAAAAACAGUAAUAAAUUACGAUGUCGCUCGAGAUAUUGAUACCCACACACACAGGAUUGGUCGAACUGGCCGUGCUGGUAAGUUACUACAUUAUCAAGAUACUUUUUUUAACAUGUUAGGUCUCACUUAUCAAUGUCUUUCACCUACCAGUUUUUAAGUAAAAUAUCUUAAUUCACAUUGGUAAUAAGGUUAACUUAGUUGAGGUUUUUCACUAGUAAAAUUAUACAGUUAACCAUAUUUUUCAACAUCUUAGAACAAUGAUAUUUCGACACAGAUGUUGUUAUUGGAGUGCUAUUUUUUCAACAGGAACCAAGGGUCACGCAUACACGUUAAUCACUGAGAAGGACAAAGAGUUUGCUCCACAUUUAGUAAGGAACUUAGAAGGAGCCAACCAGCAUGUACCACCUGGUCUAUUAGAACUGGCACAGAAGGUAUAACAUUUUCUUGGGAUAAUAUAUUAUUGACAACUUUAACUGAACAGUGACUUAUAUGGGGUACAACCAUGUUUGAAAAAACAUAUAUUUUCGGGGAGGAAAGAGUAAAUAGAUUGAUUCCCCAUCAAAUCACUGGUUGCUGCCAUGGUUUGACAAUUUAAACAUGGAUUGGAUGAUGGUACCAUGAAUUGAAAGGAAAGAAAUUAUUCAGACUAAAAUUAUACUUUAAAAAAAAAAAGAAAAGAUAUUAUUGGCUCUGUUUUAAUUAGCCCAACUCAAGUUACAGUUACAGCAACCACAGGCAAUCUGUUAAGUUUUAAAAAAAUUUGGUUACUCCCAAUAUAUUCUUGUUUUUGAUAAUUUUCUAUUUAAAAGUUAUAAAAAUAGUAAUCAAUGGUCUCUAUUUUUCUUUAAAGUUAUAAGUAAUAAUGCUUUAAAAUAUAACAUUUGAAUUUGUUUGGUGUCUGAGUAAAGAGUACAUUAUUUGUACUUUUAUAGUUUACAUGGGUCACAAUGACAUUUGUAUUUUUUUUUUAGUGUCCAUGGUUCAAGAAAAAUCGCUACAAAGGUGGUAAAGGGAAAGUCCUGUCCAGUAGAGGCCUAGGAUGCAAGGAAAGGCCCGGUCUGGGCUCAGAAAAUGUGAGGAUUUGAAUUUUGUUAAGACGCAAUCAUUGUGGUUUAACUACAUACAUGUCGUUAGAAAAUAAAUUUUUCGUAAGGUAAGAGAUUAGAAUUUUUUUUUUUGGUUAAACCCAAAAGAGAUAUUGCCCAGGUAUAUUUGACUUUAUAUAUGUAAUUGAGUACUUUUAGCAAGGCAGCAGAUUAAUCUAAGUAUUUGUAUUUUAAUUUAUUUUGUGCAUCUUGAAUCUCAUACGUCUUAAUAAAAUAAAUUAAUUAAAGCCAAGGUAAGCUGUUUCAUUUGGCCUUAAUAGAAUAGUUCAGGUUUAUUUCAGGAGAAGUACCCAUAAGUGCCAGUGUUAACACUUCAAAUAAAAGUGUAACCAACUGUCACGGCAAUGAGUUGCAAUGAAUCAUGAGGGAAUUGUCAUUAUUUUUUACUCUAAUUAUCCCAGAGCACACAUGUGCAAGAUACAAUGAGUUUAAGCAGUUUUCGUGCAGCAGCAAAUGCAGGUCCUCAGUCAGACAGACUCUCUGCCAUGAAAUCUGCCUUUUACGUAAGUAUAAAAAAAAACCAUAAGAAAUCCUGUCAUGGAAAACAUGUUUCAAGAAAUACAGAACUUGGUUUUUUUGUGUUAAAAUACUGUUGCCUAUCUGAGAGAAUUUACAGAGUAAAUGAGAUCUAAGUGUUUAUAAAAUUAUUUUAAAAAUUUAAUUUACAGAUUAAAAAUAUUGCAAUUUUUUUUUUCAUCAGUCACAAUUUAAAAGCAACUUUGUGUCGGCCGUGGAGCAGGAUAAAUCAGCCAGUGAAGAAAACUAUGCAGCAGCUGGAGGUACAGCACAGCUCAACUCAUCCUUACAGCCUCAGAUGAUUCAACCCUCUGGAAUAGGUGGAGCCUCUCGGAUGGGAUUAGGCAGCGAAGGGCCGGCCAAGAAGAAGAAAAGAAGUAGAUGGGAUUGAGCAUUUACGUGAAAAGGAAGACAGAAUUAACCUGUGGGCUGGACGUAGUUUUACUUUCGUUGAGGGAUGGGGUUAGAGAGGUGUGGGUGUUAAUUAAGCAAAAGUUAAUGAAGGUUGGGGAUUUCUUUAGUUUCGUUGAGAGGUCUUAACAGGGAGAAGAGAGAGUUUAAGUCUGAUGGAAGGUUCUUAGUUGUUUCAAGUUAGGUAAAUUUGUUUAUGAAAAUAACUGAUCAGUAUCAUGAACAAUAAUUUAUUUUUUAUUGAAAUGUAUUCAGUGUUGUUUACUGAAGUUAUUUUUAGAUAAUGGUUUUUUUAUUUGUUGUUAUUUAAAUUGCAUUAUUUAAAAUGUUUUAAUCUGUUCAAAAAAUUGGUUGCUUCUUCAAAGGUUUGAAUUUUUUUUUUGAGUUGACCCCAAUACUUGUUAUUUUUAAGUGUAAGAAAGUUUUGAUGUGAAAAGUAUUAUACUGAAUAAAUAUGAUUAAAAGGAAUGACUUAUUAAUAAUAGACCAGGUGUUUGUCAGACGACACACACUCGAGUCAUCCGCUCUAAUACUAAUUGUGUAUUCUCAAGUGCAUGGAGUGCUGAUGAAAAUUUCAAUUGUUCACUCUUUAAUAAUAAAUAAUAAUAAUGCUUAGUUUGCAAUUUCAAAAUUAUAAACAAAUUAUUUUUCCACUCUAAAUUUUGACAGGAAGACUGGAAUUGAAUGCUGUUAACUUUUGUGUGUUUUUUAAAUCUGAAAGCCAUUCUCGUUUGUUAUUCAUUGAACAAUGAAAAAACAAAGUGAAUGUUUGUGUAAAUGAUUUUUCUAAAUAAAACAGGUAGUACUUGGUUGGUUUUGUCAGAAACUAAGGUGCAUGAAAUUAAUAUUCAAAGCAAAGAUGUUUGUAAUCAUAUGGUUUUCUUUGAUCUACUAAAAGUAAAUUUCUCAAAUGAAAUUGCAGAACUUUUUAAGUUAUCCAAAACUAAUAAAUGUAUAAUGAUUAGGAUUUAUGAUAUUAUAGCUUGUUCAAAAGGGAAGAAUUUUGUCAUAUUAACAACCAAAGCAAGGCUUAAAAAACAGAAUCUCCAAUUGCUGGUUUUACCAGCAAACAUUUUACAAAAGAAAGAAUUUUAAAAAAGAAUAUCUCUUAAUAUUGUAAUUAAAAUAUUUGAACUAAUUAUU